AUGGCUGUAGAAACAAGGCUGUAUGACGUGCUGGGUGUAGUGCCAGAUGCGUCACCAGAAGAGAUCAAGAAGGCGUACAAGAAGCAGUCGCUAGCGAACCACCCUGACAAGAACCCGGGUGACGACACUGCGUCUCAGCGGUUCCAAGAGGUGGCGAAUGCGUACGAAACGCUGGCAGACCCAGACGCCCGCGCGUCGUAUGACAUGUAUGGCGAGGGCGGAGGACCUGGCGGCAUGCCGGGUGCUGGCUUUGAUAUGGACGAUAUCUUCGCCUCUAUGUUUGGUGCGUCUUCAUUUGGGAUGGGCCCACGUCCGCCUCGACGGGCACAAGACUCGGUGAUUCCGUACGAAGUGUCGCUCGAGGACAUGUACAACGGACGCACAGCACACUUUUCGCUCGAGAAGAAUGUCGUCUGUGGCCACUGCAACGGCUCAGGCGGCAAGCCCGGCGCCGUGCUCAAAGACUGCGUCACAUGCGGUGGUAAGGGCCGCUACCUGCAGCAGCGCCAUGCAGGCAAUGGCCUUAUUUCUCAGACGAUGGCUACGUGCACGGACUGUGAGGGCCGAGGCAAAAAAUACCGCGAGAAAGACCAGUGCAAAAGGUGCCGUGGGAAGAGGGUCGUGGGAGCCAAGGCCAAGCUCCGCCUGGAUAUACCGCGUGGUGCCUACGACGGCCAGCGCAUUGUUUUUGAGGGCGAAGGCGAUCAGCUGCCUGACACGCAGCCUGCCUCAAUCAUCUUUGAGCUGAAGCAGAAGCCCCACGACACAUUCCAAGUCAAGCAGCUCGACCUGCUCGCCACGGUGCGUGUGACACUCUCAGAGGCGCUCCUUGGAUUCUCUCGUACGGUCCUCACCCACCUGGACCACCGGCACAUUCACAUCACCCGAAAGCCAGGACAGGUAAUCCGACCGGGCCAGGUGGAUAUCGUCCGUGGCGAGGGUAUGGUCGACCAGCGAUACCGCGACCAUAAAGGCGACCUGUUUUUGCGGUGGGACAUUGAGUUCCCAACCGAGGCAUGGGCCUCGUCCGUGGAUGCCAAGGCGCUCGAGGCGCUGUUGCCGCCCAAGCGCCCAGUGCUGGCGCCACCCGAGGACUUGCUCGAGGAAGUGACGACAGCUCCUGGCCAACUUGAUGACUUUGGCUCGCAUAUCGGCACGAAGCAGCAGGAGGACCAGCGUAACGAGUACGACGACGACGAACCCAAUGUCCAAUGCGCCCAGCAAUAA